GAAAAAGCUUUACUUACUCUCUGAUUCGGUACUUCAUCGCCAUUAAACAAACACCUUAAACCAACCAACUCUCUCCUUCUUCUUCCUCCUUUUUAACUUCCUUCUUUUUACCACCAUCACUUUGUAUUCUGGCUCUCCCAACUAUGGAAGCUUUCAGCUUGCUAAGGUACUGGAGGAGUAAUGGCGGUGAUGGAAGCGCCAAUGCUAACGUAACAACUUCCGCUGCUUCACCCUCCGCCACCACCAUUGUUACAGCAGUCAGCACCCAAACCUCCGACACAGGAGAUGACGAAGACGACGAGAAUGAUCACGGACCGUUUUUUGACUUGGAGUUCAGUUUACCGGCGGAAGGAGGAGAUGAUGAGGAUACCAAAGACGGUGACACAGGAAACGGUGUCGAUUAUGGCGAGGAAGAGGAGGAUGAAGAAGAUGAAGAGGAAUCAGAUGAGAGGGAGUUGAAGUUCACGCUUUUGUCUGGUUCCAGUGGUGAUAGUACGAAUGAUGCGAAUGUUUCGGUUUCUCCCUCCGAUGAGUUGUUUUUCAACGGCGGUUUCGUUCCUGUUGACCAGACGACGGAGACUAAUUUAAAGCCACCGCAGCUUCGUGUUUCGUUGAUGAAAUCGGCGACGAAGCUUCGAGUUAUGAUGUUGAAGUUUAAGAAAUCGAAUGUUAAAUGGAGUGAAAGUUCGGAGGCCAACGCAUCUGGUUGUUCGAAUUCCAAGGAAGAAAAACAGACAACAGAUCAAACCGGAGAAGAUGAAGGUUCCGGCAAGUCGAUGACGGUGAAAUUUAAAGUGGAAGAAGUUCCGAUUGUGUCUUUGUUCAAGAGACAUAACAGUUCAAAGGCUCCAAAAAAGCGACAAAACGACGACGUGGUUUCUGAGGAGAAGAAAUUUUCAAAGGAAUCGAUGCAGAAGUAUCUGAGAAAAGUGAAACCUCUAUACGUUCGUGUUUCGAAGAAAUACGGCGAGAAGUUGAAGUUUUCCGGCCAACUAAACUUACCACGAGCAGCCAAGUCGAAUAUGGUAGCAUCGCCGGCGUUGGAAGAACAAAAACAGUCUCCUAAGAGAGAAAAGGAAUCGAUUCCAGAAGUUUCAGAACCACCGCUUCUGAUGAGCAACGCCAAAGGACUGAAACAAGGCAACUUACCGGCCGGACUUCGCGUUGUUUGCAAGCAUUUAGGAAAGAGCCGGUCCGCUUCUACGGCGGUGGUCGCCGCCGCACCUCCAGGAACAAUGUCGUCAAAACGUCGCGACGAUUCGUUACUACAACAACAGGAUGGGAUACAGAGCGCCAUUUUACACUGCAAGAGAUCAUUCAAAGCGUCCAGAGAUUCAGGGUCGGAUUGUUCAUCAAGUUUAUCAAGAUCAGGCAGCGAUCCGGCGGCGGCGUACGUUAAAAGCUCAAACAGUUCGUCGUCCGAUGCGGCGGAAUGUAAGGAGACGGUGGAAAUCAACGACAACAAAAGCAAAUGAGAUAAAUGAUCGUAGUCAAAAAGCGGAAAAAUCAUAUGGAUUUUUCAGGUUUUGAUGUUGAUUGUGAUAAAAACGAGGAAGAAUUGAAAUGAGUUUGCAAUAAUCAAUCGAGUAGAGAGGGCCAUAGUUGGUAAAUUAUGUAGUCAAUGGAAUGCCCCCACAGUAGUAAAUUAGACAUUAAUGGAGUCCUGUAAAGCUUCUGUAACAUCGUAUAAUAACUUACUUAAUAUUAUUAUUAUAUUUAUUA